GAGAUUAUUUGGAUCAUUUCUCCUUUCCCCACCUACUUUCUAAAGAAAUAGCCGAAGGCUCGAAACGCCUCCAACGCUGCGUGAAACGCCCUAAUUCAGUCACUGUGGACAUCGCAACCUCCCUCAAAGCAGUAUCAAUGGCCUCCAAGAAGCGUAAAUCAGCCUCCGAGGAAGAACCUUCUCCUAAGCCUAAACAGGUGGCACCCAAACCGCUCCCUCACGAAGAAGAAACCUCUUUGGAAUCAGAAUCUGAAGAGGAAGUAGAAGAGGAACCAGAGGACGAAUCAUCAUCAUCAGAAGAUGAUGGCGUGGACUCCAAGCGAGACACAAUAAAGAAACUUCUGCAACCCUUUGGCAAAGACCAGCUCAUCAACAUCCUCAUAGAAGCCGCCGACAAAACCCCUUCCAUUACCGCCCACAUAAUCAAGUCCAUCGACUCUGACCCCAUCCACCGCAAGAUCUUCGUGCACGGCCUCGCUUGGGACACCACCACCGAAACCCUAACCUCCGCCUUCAAUCCGCAUGGUCCCCUCGAGGAAUGCAACGUCGUCACGGACAAGACCACCGGCCGCUCCAAGGGCUACGGGUUCGUCCUCUUCAAGACCCGCGCCGCAGCCCGCAAGGCCCUCAAGCAGCCCCAGAGGAAGAUCGGGAAUCGGAUGGCCUCUUGCCAACUCGCGUGCGCCGGGCCCGUGCAGAAUCAGCCUCAAUCGGUGGCUUCCGACGCCGGCUGCCGCAGGCUCUAUGUGGCCAAUGUGGGGCCGCAGAUUGCCGCUGAGAAGCUGCGGGCGUUCUUUGCCAAGUUUGGGGAGAUUGAGGAUGGGUCCUUGGGUGGUAUCGAUAAGGAGACGGGCAAGUUUAGGGGAUACGCCAUAAUUGUUUACACUUCGGUAGAGGGAAUCAGAAAGGCAUUGGAAGAGCCUGUUAAGUUCUUCGAUGGUAGCAAAUUGCUAUGCUCGGUCGCCACCGAAGGACGUAAUGCUAAGAAUAAGAUGAACAGUAAUAACACGAAUUAUGUUGCUGCUGGUGCCGCUUCUGGUAUUCCUGGUGUUUCUGGAGCCUCAUUGUCCCCGAACGGUGUUGCUCUACCAAUGCAAUUGAAUCCGGGUUUCGUUUCUCAAGCAUUCAGUCCGGGUGCGGUUUUAAUGGCUCAGAGUCCAGGUUUUGGGUUUCUCAAUCCAGUGUUGGGUGUGGGCGCUGGCGGACCGAUGAAUCAGGUGGGAUUCGGGUUCCCUGGGUCGUAUCCUGGUGGAGUGUCCCAGUCCUUGAACAGGGUUGGAAUUGCUACUUCUAUGGGAUUGAGUCAAAUGAGUGCGGGGUUUGGUCCACAGCCUGCUAUUAGUAGUAUAAGCCCGAGUGUGAUUGGUAAUUAUGGGUCUCAAGCCGCUUUGCAAGGUUUGGGAACAUAUCAGAGUUCCCAAUUGGGUCAGUCUUCAGCAGCAACGAGGUCCCAAACUGGUAUUGGAUCUGUUGGAACCUUGCCAUCUUAUUUGGGGCGCUAGGGGCUUAAUUACUAAGGGAGAUAAUGGACGUAUGCAUUAUGGAAGUAUGGUUAAAGCUUUCUAACGUGAAGAAGAUAGAAGGUUCUAGAGGAAAGUUGUUGCAUUUUAUGCUUGAAGAUAGUUGUUUUGUAUUUCAUUUAAGCCUUGCGUUUUAUGUUGUAGAAUGGGCAUUUUGGUAUCUUGUACAGCAUUUCGCCCAUGCUGUGUUUUAAGCUUUAUUGUUGUGUUUUGUUAUUUGAACAGCUGUAGAAAUUCUGUUGAAAUAUAUUCCAACUGAAUUGGUUAUAUAAGAAAGGCUAUAGGAUGGAGAAAGGGGGGAAGAGAAUAUUGAAGUUAUCAGUUAAUUGGAGAGUCAGGCCUCUUGAAGAGCCUUAUCUAGCAUUUCCCCAAAUUCUAUCCAGAUUCAUCAUCUUCUACCUUACAUUUCUUCCAUUUUUGCUUACUUUUACCUUGCAUAACAUCUGAGACCCUUACAGUUGGUAUCAGCCAACGUUUCUUCUUUUUUCAGCUUUUUUGCCACAAUUUUUUUUCUUCCUCUUUUCAUCUUCUCCUCCUUCGACCGGCAUCCAUGGCCGAUGGUACUCAUCUGUCCCAGCUUCAAGAAUCCAUCAAAGAAUGUCAUGAUGGGUUGACUCAACAGCACACCUUCAACGUCCAGCAGCAAACCUUCAACUCCACAGUGGAUUAGAAGCUCAAUGACCUCACUGAGCUCCUUCGCUCAGUCCUUCAGACUCAAAAUCCUCCGGGCCAGACCGUCCGCUUGAUGGCCGUGACAGGGGACACCCCCCUCCUUUUCCUCCUUUGGGCCCUGACCGUCGUGAGGAUUGAGAUGACCGCCGCAAUGACCACGAGGAUCGCUGGCUUCCGGAUGACGAAUUUCGUGAUAAUCCUUGGGGUGACCGGAAUAUUCACACCCGGACUUUGCGUCUGGAUUUUCCCCGCUUCAAUGGUGAGAAUCUGUCGGUGUGGACGUACAAAGUGAAUCAAUUCUUCAACUAUUACCAAACACCAUUAUAUCAAUGUAUCCGAGUGGCGUCAUUCCACAUGGAGGGUGAAGCCCUUGUCUGGUUCGAGGACCCUGACGAAGCAGGUCAGUUUUCUACCUGGGAUUCUUUCACUCAGGCUCUUCUCAUCCGGUUUGGGCCAGCUUAUGACGAUCCCAUAGAAUCUUUGGUCAAGCUGCGAGGGCUUAAUUACUAAGGGAGAUAAUGGAUGUAUGCAUUAUGGAAGUAUGGUUAAAAGCGUUCUAACGGGAAGAAGAUAGAAGGUUCUAGAGGAAAGUUGUUGUUGCGCUUUAUGCUUGAAGACAAUCGUUUUGUAUUUCAUUUAAGCUUUGCGUUUUAUGUUGUAGAAUGGGCGUUUUGGUAUCUUGUACAGCAUUUCGCCCAUGCUGUGUUUUAAGCUUUAUUGUUGCGUUUUGUUAUUUGAACAG